CGAUGUUCACCAGCGACAGGAGCAGCCGUACUUUUUUAAGACAUUCAAAUUAAGAAUGCUCACUCCACCAACUCCCUCCAAAUCCCCUCACACGCAGCGAGCGAUGCAAAAUUGUUGAAGCUCUCAUCAAAAUCAAGCUACAAUCAUGGAUCGCAGCGCCAACGUGAUCGAAAAUUCCGAACCUAACUCAUCGGAGGACCGAGCGUCGGCCGUUCCAGUUCACUCGCCGCAGCUCGCCGUCGCUUCACUCGCUCUGUCUCAGUCAACGGCCAAUUUUCUCGACCAAACCAAAUUUUCUGGGUUGUUUUCUCGGCGGCCUAAGAGGGAUGAAGUUCCCACUCAAGCUUUUUCGCUUUCUCGCUUACGCAUUUCCUGUUCUUCUCUCUGCCCCCCAAAAAUCUCUCUCAAACCCACCAUUUCUGCGAACCCAUUUCAAAUCCCUUUUUCUUUAGGCCCUCGCCGCCCCUCACAGCCCUCCCAUGGCGCCGGAUUUCGUCGAGCUACCAUCGUUUGGUUCCGUAACGAUCUACGGCUCCACGAUAACGAAUGCCUAAACUCCGCUAAUAACGAUUCCAUGUCCGUCUUGCCUGUUUACUGUUUCGAUCCGAGAGAUUACGGUAAAUCGUCGUCAGCCACGUUUGUGAUUGAAUCGGUCUCGGAUUUACGGAAGAAUCUCCAGGCGAGAGGCUCUAAUCUUGUUGUUCGAAUUGGGAAACCUGAAACUGUUCUUGUUGAAUUGGCUAGGGAAAUUGGGGCUGAUGCAGUGUAUGCUCAUUACGAGGUUUCGCAGGACGAAAUGGAGAUGGAGGAGAGGGUAGAGUGUGCGAUGAAGGAAGAGAAUGUUGAGGUGAAGUACUUUUGGGGAAGCACCUUGUAUCAUAUUGAUGAUAUUCCGUUUAAAAUAGAGGAUAUGCCGUCGAGCCAUGAUGAAUUUAAAGAGCAAAUUCAAGGAUUAAGUGUGAGGAAGAUGAUUGAAGGUUUGGAUAAGAUGAAGGGGUUGCCUUCUCGUGGUGAUGUUGAGCCAGGGGACAUCCCUUCUUUGUCUGAUUUGAAUCUCAAUCAACCUGUGGCUAUGUCUAAGGAAGGAUGGCUAGCUCCUAAUACUCCUCAAGUGGGAGGGGAGACUGAAGCACUUCAUAGGCUUAAAACAUAUGCAGCUGAGUGCCGAGCCCAACGACCGAACACGACGAACAACGGUGCUCAAAGUAGCAUAUAUGGUGCUACCUUUUCAAACAAAAUCUCUCCAUGGCUAACCAUGGGUUGCAUCUCACCUCGCUCGGUGUUCGACAAGUUAAACAAAACUGUUUCCAGGAAAAAUGAUGGUGGCUAUGACACUGGAACAAACUGGGUGAUGUUUGAGUUGUUAUGGAGGGACUUCUUCAGAUUCAUUACCAAGAAAUGCAAUUCAACAAAAAAACGACAGCCUAAUCCUUCUCCAGCCACGGCUUCCACGGCCGCCCUUGCUUAGGGAGGUUUCAAAAGCAGGCAUAUCCUCUUGAUCUUUCGAAUUACCCCUACAUUUGGCCUUUGUAAAUGUUGUUUUCUAUGCCAGCUGCACGGCUUCCUCGACCCUUGUCCGUACCUAGUGUCACUGUCAUGUUUGUCCAAGGCGUGUUGUCUAUGACCGCAUGUCGGAUGUCCCGAUCAUGCUUGUCCAUGGACAACAAUAGUUGCAUGCCUCUUCCAAACCCUUUUUACAUGUUUUCAUCUUAGAUAGGCCUUUACUAUUUCAUAUUGUGUCAAUAUGAAG